UAAAUAGAUCUUUUAUUAUAUACGUUCAAGAUUCGUACGCAGCUUUGUUUGAAAUUUUUAAUAUAAAAAAACAAAAAAGGAAAAAUGAAUUUUGUGAUUUUCUACAUUCUUCUAAUAUUCAAUAUCUUUCAAUUUAUUUAUGCCGAUUUGGAUUUUGAAGAAAAACAAAGGGAAAAAAGUAGCGUUCAUUUAAAUAAAUCAAAAUUAUUGACAAAGAAUUUAUUUGAAUUAGAUUUAUCGACUAUCAAUGAAAUGGAACAAAUUAUACAUCCUAUAUUAGAUGAAAUUCGACUUCUAGGUGAAACUUCAAGGAAAUCAGAUAAAAAUCCAUCUGAAUGUAUUCAUGUAUCUUCAAAGGCUUUAUUGUCCUCGAUCGAUGAAUUUUAUAAUGAAUUAGAUCAGUGCAAUGUAAGAGAUAAUCAUGAAAAUAAUGUGGAGGAUGCCUAUGCCUGCAAUGAAAAAGUUGUUUCUGCUUUUAAAUUUUUAGUAAACGGUGUUCGAGAUUAUUUCAAAAACUGUAUCGAAGAUUUAUAAAUGCAGUAAAUUAUCAUCAUCCUUGUCAAGAGGAUCACGUGGAAUUUCAGUUGUAAAUUGUGGUAAAAAUUCUUCUAUCCAUUUGGGUAACUUUGAUUUCUUCUCAUUAUUAUUAAAUAUAUUUUUUAUUUUUCCUUCUUCUGAAUAUAUUUUAUUAUUUCUGUUCACGAAAUUAAUUUCCGUACCUAAUAAAAAAAUUUGUAUAAUAAAUUUAUAAAA